AUGGUGGACGUUCUGGGCGGCCGGCACCUGGUGACCCGCGACGGCGCAGCGGUGGAGGCUGAGGCGGCACUGCAGAACAAGGUGGUGGCGUUGUACUUCGCAGCGGGCAGGUGCGCGCCAAGCCGCGACUUCACGCCCCUGCUUUGCGACUUCUACUCGGAGCUGGUGGACGAAGCACAGUUGCCGGCGCCCUUCGAAGUGGUCUUUGUGUCGGCCGACGGCAGCGCGGAGGAAAUGCUGAACUUUAUGGGGGAGCUGCACGGUGCCUGGCUGGCAUUGCCCUUCCACGACCCGCUCAGGCUUGAACUGAAGAAGAUGUAUAAUAUCACAGCCAUCCCCAGGCUCGUGAUUGUGAAGCAAAAUGGAGAGGUCAUCACUGACAAAGGGCGCAAACAGAUUCGGGAGCAUGGGCUCUCCUGCUUCCGAAACUGGGUUGAGGUGGCUGACAUCUUUCAGAAUUUCUCUGGUUGA